CAACAGCCAGUCCUAGCAGAGACUGAGCUACAGGCAGUGCCUUCAAUCUAGGCUUUGGCAAUUUUAUCCUUGUUUGUCCAGUGAAGAACUUCCCAGGGUUGUCGGGCUGUGGAUCAGGAGUUUCACAUCAUCCCUGUUGUCCUGCUGUGACACACCAUCAGCAUGGCAGGAUCCCACAGCCCUGCAUCAGAUCCCGAGGCAGAACUGAAUGACCUCGAAUGCCAGCAAUUGCGAUCCCAGCUGGCAAAGAGCCAACAGGACUUCUGGGAGCUCCAGGAGAAGUUUCUCAUAGCUGAGGCUACAAACUUUGCCCUGGCCAUGGAGCUGAAAAAAUACAAUUGUGAGAAGUUUAAAAACAUCAUUGAGUCCAUACUGACCAAGAAGCUCCACUUUGAGGAGCCGCUGGCAGAGAAGCCCACGGUCCCAGAGCUGCUCAGGCAUUGCCGUGGCAUCCUUGAAGAUCAGGACCAAGAACUCUUCCCAGUUACGUCCAAAGGUCCAAAGGGGGAGAAAUCUAGCCCACAUCCUGCAGCAGUACCUGAAGGACGUGCUCACCGUGCAUGA